GUUAUUGCCAUUCAUCCGAAUAAGAAGAUUAAAGCCAACUCUCCAGCUGUGUGACGAAACCUGCUCCUCCAGCAGCGGUACUUCCUCGGCUUGCCACAACAACCUCAGACUUUCGGUCAAGGGCGACAACAAACGGAUAGCAAUCUAAAAGGCGUCUUUUGAAUGCUUUCCGCGUUUUAACCUUAUUAGAACAUCAGCCGUGUCAACUCAGAGCCUUGCUAGCUUUGCUAGCGUUAGCUUCACAACAGGAAGCUACCUAACACUUCUUAGGUGUUGAUUUUGCUUCUUUUUCCUCAAGCCAACUUAUGACAAAGUCAUCUUUUUGGGUUUGAAUAAACUCAAUUCUGCCGGUGGCCGCAUGUGUGGGUUUUGAAGAAAUUGGAUGUCGCCUUUUGUAUCUACCUUUUAAAUUUUGUCGACUGGAGCUAUAUUUAAAUGGCCACCGCGGCACCCACUCCUCCGACGGCUGCCUCCACCGGAGCUACCGAGAACGCUAGUCACGGAUCCAGCAGCUCGAACGCGGCCGACGGAGGCAACCAGGACAGCACUUUUGAGUGUAACAUUUGUCUGGACACCGCCAAGGAUGCUGUGAUCAGCCUGUGUGGACACCUCUUCUGCUGGCCUUGUUUGCACCAGUGGUUAGAGACGCGACCCAGCAGACAAGUGUGUCCAGUUUGCAAAGCCGGCAUAAGCAGGGAUAAGGUCAUCCCCUUAUAUGGGCGAGGAAGUACGGGUCAGCAGGACCCCAGAGAAAAAACACCCCCACGACCACAGGGACAAAGGCCUGAGCCAGAAAAUCGAGGUGGUUUCCAGGGAUUCGGUUUUGGAGACGGAGGUUUUCAGAUGUCCUUUGGAAUCGGUGCCUUUCCCUUUGGUAUUUUUGCCACAGCAUUUAACAUAAACGAUGGCAGACCUCCUCCAGCUGCCCCGGGGACACCACAGCACAUGGACGAACAGUUCCUGUCUCGACUCUUCCUCCUAGUGGCAGUGGUUAUCAUGUUUUGGCUCCUCAUAGCAUGAACACUCGUAAGGAGUCCCUCAAAAGGAUUUCACAGACAAUACUGCCCCCCCCUCCCUCUCUUCAUAGAAAGACACCUGCAAUUGAGAUUGAUUUUAAAUGAAAUGGCUUUAUGUUAAUCUCAGCCAUCAAAAUGAAUACACACAAGAAAUUCCUUGUGUGUUGAUGGAUGCGUUAUGAUUUGACAAAGUUGUAUUAUUAUUGUUAUAAUAAUAAUAAUUGUGGAAUGGUCCAUCCAGUGAAUGCCUAAAAUGUACCGGAAUCUUGAAACCAAACCUGUUUUAUGCAGGGAAAAAAAUGGAGUUCAGCCAUAAGCCACACAUCACUGUUGUAAUGAAUGAAGAAUCUUAACUUUUUCUUUGAGCCAUUAAUAUUUACAGCACAUACAUUGAUUCAACUAUUGGGUCUUGUUUCUUCUUCAGAUGCAAUUUAAAAAAAUUAAACCUGUUGAUUAUAAGUCACUUUAAUUUGAAGUGCAGAAAAAAUUAAACCUAUCUGGAGAUGC